AUGGAUGCCACAUCGUCCGAGAAAGGAGGUGUCCAUUACGAUGGAGAGGCACCUCCUUCGAAUGCCAGGCGAGGUUCAAUUUAUCAGGUCAUCCCUCCUUCGGAGAGGCGGAUGUCUGCCCAAGGUCGUCGCAUUUCGGUCAUUGACGAUAUCUUCGGUGAGAUCAAGGAGGGCGGUCCGAACUACCGAAAUGUCGGAUGGCUUGGAACUGCUGUGCUGAUGAUCAAGACACAAAUUGGGUUGGGUGUCCUAUCCAUUCCCGCUGUCUUAGACACACUAGGAAUGGGACCAGGACUUGUCGUAGUGAUUUCGAUAGGAGUAAUCACGACAUGGUCGAACUACGUUAUCGGCACUUUCAAGAAAAACCAUCCAUCGGUUUACGGUAUCGAUGAUGUAGGAUACAAGCUUUUUGGCAAGGCUGGGAGAGAAUUUUUCUACGUCGUGUUUGUUUUAUUUUGGAUCUUCGUUGCUGGAGCGGGUAUGCUGGGGAUAUCAAUUUCAUUCAAUGCCAUAUCGACUCACGGAGUUUGUACGGCUGUCUUUGUCGCAGUUGCAGCCAUUAUUGGCUUUACCCUUGGAAGUAUUCAGACCCUCCAUGAGGUCUCGUGGUUGGCUUGGGUUGGUGCGAUUUCCAUUUUAACCGCGAUUUUUACCCUGACAAUUGCUGUGGGUGUUCAAGAUAAACCUGCCGCUGCCCCGCCGGGUCCGUUCAAAUCCAACUGGAAAGGUGUAGGCGAUCCAACCUUCGAGUCAGCGAUUUCAGCUUGCUCCUCCAUCGUUUUCGCAUGGGCCGGUACGCCUGCUUUCUUCCAGAUUGCGUCUGAGAUGCGUGUACCAGAGCAAUACACCCGCUCACUUUUACUUUGUCAAUCUGUCGUGGCCACCACUUAUAUAGUGAUUGGCGUUGUGGUCUACUACUACUGUGGAAGCUUCGUUGCGUCACCAGCACUUGGGUCGGCAGGAGUUCUUUUGAAGAAGAUCUGCUAUGGUCUAGCUUUGCCGGGCCUGUGCGUUAGCACGCUCCUCUUCGUACACAUUGCUGCGAAAUACGUCUUUGUUCGCAUGUUGAGAGGUUCUUAUCAUCUUACGGAUCCUACUUUCCGGCAUUGGGCCACCUGGCUGGGAUGCACAUUAGGCGCUACAAUUAUCUCAUACAUUAUCGCAAGUGCAAUUCCUGUUUUUGGUGGACUUGUCUCCUUGAUCGGUGCGCUCCUCGGCACUCUUAUGUGCUUCCAACCGAUGGGCGCCAUGUGGCUAUACGACAACUGGCACAACCCAAGGACAGCCAAGUGGUAUGCAAUGGUGGCUUGGAGCGUCUUUGUGAUUGUCUCCGGUUUCUUUUUGAUGAUUGGUGGAACCUAUGGUUCUGUGAUCGAUAUCAAAAACUCGUAUGCAGCAAACGGCGGGUCUUCUCCAUGGUCCUGUGCAGAUAAUUCGAAUUCAACAUAA